UAAAUCUAUAAAAUAGACAAGAGCUAGUUCUACAAUGUCCAAGUCAUUCCAGCAGUCAUCUCUCAGUAGGGACUCACAGGGUCAUGGGUGUGACCUGUUUGCGGCAGGCAUAGGCCUUCCUGCUGCUGUUACCCAGUCUUUAAGUAUGCCAGCAUCUCUUGGAAGGAUGAACCAGAGUACUGCACGCCUUGCUAGUUUAAUGAAUCUUGGAACGAGUUCUUCAUUGAAUCAACAAGGAGCUCAUAGUGCACGGUCUUCUGCUAGUACUUCUUCCCAUAAUUUACAGUCUAUAUUUAACAUUGGAAGUAGAGGUCCAUGCCCUUUAUCUUCUCAACACCGUAGCGAUGCAGACCAGGCCAGUAACAUUUUGGCCAGCUUUGGUCUGUCUGCUGGAGACUUAGAUGAACUGAGUCGUUAUCCAGAGGACAAGAUGACUCCUGAGAAUUUGCCCCAAAUCCUUCUACAGCUUAAAAGGAGGAGAACUGAAGAAGGCCCUACCUUGAGUUAUGGUAGAGAUGACAGAUCUGCUGCAUGGGAGCCACCAUACAGAGUACCUAGGGAUGAUUGGGAAGAAAAAAGGCACUUUAGAAGAGAUAGUUUUGAUGAUCGUGGUCCUAGUCUCAACCUGGUGCUUGAUUAUGAUCAUGGAAGUCAUUCUCAAGAAUCUGGAUAUUAUGACAGAAUGGAUUAUGAAGAUGACAGAUUACGAGAUGGAGAAAGGUGUAGGGAUGAGUCUUUUUUUGGUGAGACCUCGCAUAACUACCAUAAAUUUGACAGUGAGUAUGAGAGAAUGGGACGUGUUCAUGGUCCUGACCCCUUACAAGAGAGAUCUCUCUUUGAGAAAAAGAAGGGCGCUCCUCCAAGUAGCAAUAUUGAAGACUUUCAUGGACUCUUACUGAAAGGUUAUACCCAUCUGUGCUCUAUAUGUGAUUUGCCAGUUCAUUCUAAUGAGGUGUUGAGUCAACAUAUCAAUGGAGCAAGCCACAAUCGUCGAUGCCAGCCUCUUCUUGAAAUCUACCCAGAAUGGAAUCCUGACAAUGAUACAGAACACACAGUGGGCGAUCCAUUCAUGUUGCAGCAUUCUACAAACCCAGCACCAGGAAUUCUGGGAUCUCCACCUCCCUCGUUUCAUCUUGGAGGACCAGCAAUUGGACCAAGAGGAAAUCUGGGUGCUGGAAAUGGAAAUCUGCAAAGAACUAGACACAUAAAAAAUGGCAGAGUGGAAACUAGCAGAGUUGUUCACAUCAUGGAUUUUCAGCGAGGGAAAAACUUGAGAUACCAGCUAUUACAGCUGGUAGAACCAUUUGGAGUCAUUUCAAGUCAUCUGAUUCUAAAUAAAAUUAAUGAGGCAUUUAUUGAAAGGGCAACCACAGAGGAUGCUCAGGCUGCAGUGGAUUAUUAUACAACCACAACAGUGUUAGUAUUAGGCAAGCCAGUGAGAGUUCAUUUAGCCCAGAAGUAUAAAAGAAUAAAGAAACCUGAAGGAAAGCCAGAUCAGAAGUUUGAUCAAAGGCAAGAGCUUGGAUGUAUGAUACAUCUCAGCAAUUUGCCCCAUUCUGCCUAUUCUGAUAGUGCUGUUCUCAAGCUUGCUGAGCCUUAUGGGAAAAUAAAGAAUUACAUAUUGAUGAGUAUGAAAAGUCAGGCUUUUAUUGAGAUGGAGACAAGAGAAGAUGCAACGGCAAUGGUUGACCAUUGUUUGAAAAAAGCCCUUUAGUUUCAGGAGAGAUGUGUGAAGGCAGACCUGUCUGAGAAAUAUAAAAAACUGGUACUGAGGAUUCCAAACAGAUGCAUUGAUUUACUGAAAAAAGAUAAUAUAUAUUAUAUUCUCUAUGUCCUUCAUAGUUCUCUGUAUCUUAAAGUAUAUGGAUGCCUUCUUCUGCCAUUUCAAAUAUUCUAUUGA